GGAUUGGAACCUUUAGGGAGUGGGUACCUGAAUUUGACAAGUACCCGCUCCCACUUCCGCUGUGAUCACCUAGGUGAUCGGAAGCAGAAGUUGUCCCCCCCCCCCUCCCUCCCCGUAGUCUUCUGGGACACGUGACAGGUCCCAGAAGACUACAGGGCCAUUCACAAAGUGCAUCGCUUCUCGCACAUGCUCAGUGAGCACCUGGCUGUGAAGCCGCAAGCAGUCACAGCCGGGUGCCCACACUGAAGAUGCCAAGGCCAGGGACAGAAGACGACCGGUAACUAGCGGUGGUGAGGACAC